UUCUGCUGUGCAGAGUUGGGCGUGAGUUAGCUAUUAGCAUCUCCAAACAACAACAUUGUGCUUUCUUUCGUAUACACCUUAAUGCAUAUUUACCUUACAGUUGUUUUUGCUAUGCGGUCCCCAUUUUGCUACGUCUAUUUUCCACUUUUAUGUCCAACCAAGAAGAAUGACAACAGCCACGAAAACUUAAGAAAGCAAAAAGCUUGAGGCUCAAAUGACUGGCAGUUUCGUCUUUUCCCUAAAAUUUCAAGGUGUUUUUUGUUGUGGGUUUUUUUUACCAACGACAUAAAAAUCUGACAACAGUUCUUUUCUUAUCCUCUCACACACCUCACACAUUUCUGAAAGCAGUCUUUGGUGUGUAUCUGAAAUCCUCCACUGAUGGAUCCUGGUCCAGAUUCUACUCGUUCUCCAAGAGAAAAACCAGAAACCAAAAGAGAAAACAACAACCCGAACCGUAAGAAGAGUCUACAGGAGGCACGGAGGAAAGGUAGAAUGGACCGGAGCAAAGUGGAGGAAGAGAUGAGCAACCUGGAUGUGUGUGGGAAGACUAAAGCAUCAGGAACAGGUCUUGUCUAUAUAGAUGCCUUCACUCACUUUCACUGCCUCUGGGAUGCCAGUCACCCAGAGUGUCCAGCGAGAGUGAGCACUGUAAUGGAGACUCUAGAGACGCAGGGGCUGCUGGGACGCUGUGUACGAGUCGAGGCCAGAGCUGUAACAGAAGAUGAGCUCUUACUCGUCCAUACAAAGGAUUAUGUAGAGCUGAUGAAAUCAACCCAGAAAAUGACAGAGGAGGAGCUGAAGACUCUCUCUGAUAAAUACGACUCUGUCUACCUGCAUCCUGAAUUUUUCACCUCAGCCUGUCUGGCGGUGGGAUCAGUUCUCCAGCUGGUGGAUAAAGUGAUGACAUCACAGCUGCGUAACGGCUUCUCCAUCAACAGGCCUCCGGGUCACCACGCUCAGGCAGAUAAGAUGAACGGCUACUGUAUGUUUAAUAAUCUGGCCAUAGCGGCGCGCUACGCUCAAAAACAGCAUGGAGUUGAACGAGUUCUAAUUGUGGAUUGGGACGUGCAUCAUGGACAGGGAAUCCAGUAUAUUUUUGAAGAGGAUCCCAGUGUGCUGUAUUUCUCAGUGCACAGAUAUGAAGAUGGCUCGUUCUGGCCGCAUCUCAAGGCGUCUGACAGCAGCUCGGUGGGUUCAGGAGCAGGACAGGGCUACAAUAUCAACCUGCCCUGGAACAAGGUAGGGAUGGAGGAUGGAGAUUACAUCACAGCUUUCCAGCAGCUUCUCCUGCCUGUGGCGUAUGAGUUUCAGCCUCAACUGGUGUUAGUGGCGGCCGGCUUUGACUCUGUGAUCGGUGAUCCAAAGGGUGAGAUGCGAGUGAGUCCACAAUGUUUCUCCAUCCUGACCCAUAUGCUGAAAGCUGUAGCACAGGGCCGACUCGUGCUGGCUCUGGAGGGUGGGUAUAACCUCCAGUCCAUAGCGGAGGGUGUUUGCGCUAGUGUGAGGUCACUGCUGGGUGACCCUUGCCCUCACCUGACCUCUCCUGGUGCUUCGAGUGAGAGUGCCCUGAACUCCAUCUCAAAGACCAUCUCUGCCUUGUAUCCAUUUUGGAAAAGUCUUCAGACUUUUGAGGGGGGUCCUCUGUCCGAUGUCCCUCCCCUGCCCGCUCCAGUGUGUCCUGAAGUGAAGGUUUCCUCUUCAAUCACUGGGCUAGUGUAUGACCAGAGAAUGAUGCUUCAUCACAACAUAUGGGAUGGUCAUCAUCCAGAGCUCCCACAGAGAAUUUCACGGAUCUUUUCCCGACACGAGGAGUUGGGCCUGCUGUCCCGUUGCCAUCGGAUACCAGCUCGCUUGGCAACAGAAGAAGAGCUGGCAUUAUGUCACAGCUCUAAACACAUAAGCAUUAUUAAGAGUACGGAGCACAUGAAACCAAGAGAUCUGAACCGACUGGGGAACGAUUACAACUCCAUCUACAUCAAUAAUGAGAGCUACACCUGUGCCCUGAUGGCCGCCGGCUCAUGCUUCAACUCCGUACAGGCCAUACUCACAGGCCAGGUGAGAAACGGCGUGGCCAUAGUCCGUCCUCCGGGUCAUCAUGCAGAGAAAGACACAGCUUGCGGUUUCUGUUUCUUUAAUACGGCCGCUUUGGCCGCACGCUAUGCCCAGAGCAUCACACACAAAUCCCUGCGUGUCCUCAUCCUCGAUUGGGAUGUUCAUCAUGGAAACGGCACACAGCACAUCUUUGAGGACGAUGACAGCGUUCUGUACAUUUCUCUGCAUCGUUAUGAAGACGGGACGUUUUUCCCCAACUCGGAGGAUGCUAACUAUGACAAGGUGGGGCAAGGGAAAGGCAGAGGAUACAAUGUCAACAUCCCCUGGAAUGGAGGAAAGAUGGGAGACCCAGAAUACAUGGCAGCUUUUCAUCACUUAGUUAUGCCAAUAGCCAGAGAGUUUGCCCCAGAGCUGGUGCUGGUGUCUGCUGGGUUUGAUGCGGCACGGGGGGAUCCGUUAGGAGGGUAUCAGGUGACCCCAGAGGGCUAUGCCCACUUCACGCAUCAGUUGACUGGUCUGGCAGCAGGAAGAGUGCUAGUCAUACUGGAGGGAGGAUAUAACCUCACCUCCAUCUCUGAGUCCAUGUCCAUGUGCACCAGUAUGUUGCUGGGAGACUCCCCUCCACUUCUGGACCAUCUGCCCCCUCCCAAGACCAGCGCUGCUGUCACCAUCAACAACGUCCUGCGUGCCCACGCCCCCUUCUGGAGCUCCCUGAGAAUACAGAUUCCAGAGUCCCUUCGUUUGUCUUUGCCGUCUCCUAAACCGAAAGGCAAGCGGGGAUCGAGCAAGAAAUCGCCUCGCCAGUCCACCCCUGCUCAGAGUCCCGGACAGAAACCGCCCAAUCUUGAGCAGUCCGGCCUUGACGAGCUCACUGAGGAUCUGCUUUCUCUGAAUCUCAACACCUCAUCAAACACCAGCCCUGCGUCGGUUGCAAUUGGAGGAGCCAGACGUAAGGUGAAACCCAACCCACAGAGGAAUUCGGCAGGCCAGGAGUCACCCCUGAAACCCUCGCCAGAGAAAGCCGGAGAUGGAGACAGCGCACAUGCAGAGAUAACAUCUGACCAGUCCAUCCGAGCGUCUGUGGUCACUGGAAAUCCUGCUGGCAUGUGUGACCAGGAGAGCUGUGGUCUGGAUGCUGCUUGUGGUAACGCUCCGAAGACAGUCAUUGAGGUUUUCGGACAACAACCCACGGAUGUGGACGGCAUGUAUGUGGUGAACCCGUUGCCAUGGUGCCCACACUUGGAGUCCGUGCGACCGGUCCCCGCUGGUGGCAUUGAUGUCUUCCUGCCGUGUGAAGAGUGUGGAGGUGAUGCUGAAAACUGGAUCUGCCUCUUCUGCUACAAGGUGCUCUGCGGGCGUUAUGUGAACCAGCACAUGGUGACCCACGGGCAGGUGUCGGGUCACCCUCUGGUGCUGAGCUUCGCUGAUCUUUCUGUCUGGUGCUACGCUUGUGAGUCAUACAUCCACAACAAGGUGCUCCAUGAAGCCAAAAACGCUGCUCACCUCAUGAAGUUCGGAGAGGAGAUUUCUCCUUUCAGCUAAACCAAUUGAGAGAAGGAAAUGUGUGUGUGUGUGUGUUUGCGUGUUGUGAGAUGGUUGUUGUUUGCAUGCAUAUAAAUGCAGUGGAAAUAACACCAAACUGAGCAAAAUGAGUCUUUCUUCCUUACUUGUGUCUAAAACAUAUUUCAUAGAGUAGAUUAUCAUUGUAUCGAUUAUGAGGUUCAUCUGCCAAAAUAAAAAUUGUAUUAAUAGAAUUUGUUUCAUGUUAAAGAAAAUCAGUUUUUAAAAGGUGCACUCUCUGCAAAUUGAUAUAGUAUUUUUUUAAGUUAUUGCAGGAGCCACAGUACCAACUGUAAUAUUUAGCGUUUCCAAUGUUUUUGCAUUUUCAAUGGACAGCCAACAGUGUUUGCACUGCACUGUUGUGAAGCAUUCCUGUUUUCAUUGUAUCACUCCAGGCCAGGACAUUCAAACUGUGGAAAUUACAAAACAACCUUAAGCUUAAAGCAAUAAAAAAGUGCAAUAUUUCCCAAAACAGUGUAUGAAGACUAUGUAACUAUGUUUUUGUAUAUUUCCAUUGUAAUUUUUUGCACAAGUGUAGUGAGACAAACGUUUGGAAACUCUCACUUUGUAGCCGUUGGUACUUGUUGCAAUCUGAAUAAAACCUGUCUGUUCCGUGUUCUUAAAA